AUAAAAUUCUCUCUCCUCUCUUCACGAAUUCACAUUUCAAAGCAAACUGUGACUUUUCCUGUUGCUCCGCAUAAUGAUUCACUCUUAGGCUUUUGAAUUUGAUCUUUCAGCCAUGACCUUCCUCAUACCAGGUAGAAUCCUGGUCCAUUAUGCUGAUGCAUACCAUCAGACCGUCAUUCUUUCAGGGCGUGAACCAGACAUCGUCCGUGAAAGAAUAACUUCAUUUGUCUCUGACAGCUUUCAGUUUUACUCUGCAGACUCUGCCAACAUGCCGCCGUCUGUGUUGCUGCUGCUGCUGUUAAUCAGCGGAGCUCAAGCUUCUUUCUAUGGUGUCGUCUUCAACUACGCCUUUGGAAACAGUGAGCCAGGUGGAUACGCAGUACCAUAUGACUUUAAGGUGAGCUUCAGCUCCUGUGCAGAGUUCGACACUGAGACUUGUAAUGGAUUCUGUACUGGGCCGACUUAUUCAAUCGAUGAAGUCGGAGGUGAAUGGUGUCAGAAAGGAUAUUCUGGCACUUUCUCUUAUCCAUACCUCUAUACAUUAACUCAAUCGGUCAGUGCUUCACCCUGGACAGAAAACCGAAAUGGGAUCGUAUUAUCGACAGCUCUUUUGCAGUUUGACUUGAGAAACCGGUCUGACAUCAACAAACCCAACUCAUCGCCCCGGACCACCAUCCUCCCUCUAGUCAGAGUUCCUUCAAACUGUCAGAGGAGCGUCGACCUGUUGGUCUCUGAUCCAGACGGAGACGACAGUCGAUGCAGAUAUGCAGCGUUUCCAGAGUGCAACAUCUGCACUCCGCCAUCCGUUCUCACCCUCUCGUCUUCUUGUUCUCUGUCAUUCAGACCCACUAACAGCAGCGUUGAAGGUCCGUAUGCGGUUCAGAUGGUGGUGGAGGAUUUUCCCAGACAGAACGUCAUUCUGACUGACAGCUUUGGUUCACAAGGAACCAAAACUACCAGCGACUCCCUCAGCAGCAUGCCUGUCCAGUUUGUUUUCAGAGUGGAUCCUGCAGCUCCGUCCUGCACAGCAGGUGAAUAUCUGCCCAGGUUUCUGCCUCCAACUCCACAACAUGGAGCUCAGAUCUUCACCAACGUUAACCAGACUCUGGAAAUCAGCGUCAGAGCAGAAGCAACCCAGGCUGAGACCACUGAGCUCCUGUUCAGCGGGCCGCUGGGAUUUACCAAGAGAUCAUCAGGACCAGGAAACUUCAGCCUGACAUGGACGCCAUCGGCCAGUGAUGAAGGACAGGGUCAUCAUCUCUGCUUCGUUGUCCAAGCAAAUUCCUCCGGCUCAGUUUACCAGUCUGACCUUCGAUGCAUCGUUGUGAGAACUGGGAACAGUCCAGUAACUGCUUCCCCUCCAACUACAACUUCACCUCCUCCAUCCUCCGACCCAAACUCAACACCAGCCUCAGAAUCAUACUAUGUUUUGGCUCUGAACGCAAAGCUUUCCACUUCACUGUCACUGAAUGAAUCUGCAGCCAUCAUUAACCUGAUUCAAGAGGAGCUGCAGAGACAAGGACUGCCAGCAGGGAUAAUCGUAGAGAUGCUAAACAGUGGUGCAGUCGCCCCCUAGUGGCUGAACAAGAAGCAUCUGAUCCUCUUUGGCAAACAUGAUUUGAUAUAAAAAGUUUUCUGUAAUCUUUGAUUCUUAUAGUUAUACGUAUUUUAAAAAAUUACAAGGAGUCAGAAUAUUCCCAGUUAUUCAUCAAUUAAGGCAAACUGAGUGAAAUUAGAGUUUAAUGCUCUUAUUUUGCCUUAUAAGUGUAAUAAGUAUUUCAAGAAACAGUUUCUGAAUAAAUUUAGUUGUUUAUUUCCAUCAUAAUUUGAUAACUGAGCUCUUCCAUGUAACAUAGGUGUCUUCAUAUAAAUCCGACUCACUUCAAGUUGUUAAAUUCAAAGUUUUCUUAUAUCAACGACUCCUUGUUCUUCUUUACACUUGCUAUGAUUCUUGAUAUUGUUGGCUGCAGGUUUUUGCUUUUUGUCUGGGUAAAUCUCUCAUAAUGUGAAAGCUGAAAAGGUGAAAGGGGAAAAGUCAUAGUUAUAAAUAAACUUUGCAAGGAAGGAAGGCUGCAAAGUAAAAUUAUAUAAAUAAACAUUACAAUAAAGAUG